AUGCCUAAAUAUGCCAAGUUUUUUAAAUAUCUUCUUAAACGAAAGGACAAGCUGGGGGAGAUCUCGAACAUUCCACUGACCAGGGGGUGUUCUGCGGUUGUCUUGAACAAAUUACCAGAAAAACUCACCGACCCCGGUGUCUUCACCAUUCCAUGUCUCUUUGGGGGUGUCGUUGCUCCCGCUUACGCACUUGCCGAUUUAGGUCCUAGCAUUAAUCUGAUGUUGUUUUCGCUUUACGAGAGGUUAGGGUUAGGAGAGCUCACUCCAACACGUAUGUCAUUGUCCUUGGCCGAUCGUUCGGUCAAGUAUCCUCGUGGAGUCGUAGAAAAUCUCUUUGUGAAGGUUGAUAGGUUCGUAUUCCCCGUUGAUUUCGUUAUUCUUGACAUGGAGGCCGAUGAGAGAGUUCCCAUCAUUUUAGGUCGUCCAUUCCUACGUACCGCAAAUGCCAUCAUCGAUGUCUUUGACGGUAAGAUUACUCUUCGUGCGGGUGACGAGAAUGCCACAUUCGAGAUUGGUAGAUCUAUGAGACAUCCUAGUGGUAGAGAUGAGGAUAACAGUCCUUUUGAGGAGGAGGUUGAAGUUGAAGAGGUAGUUGAAGAGGAGGAUCCACUUUGGGCUCCCGAGACAUUAGAGCUUUGUGAGGUUAGGGAGGAGAGUGAGAGUCGACCCAUAGAUACUCUGUCCACAUUAGAGCUUAAGAGGCAACCGAGAUCACGGAAAUCCCGCGCACAAAGACCCGUUUUUAACAUAGAAGAUUUGAGAAACGCUAUCCCCGAUGAUGAGCCGUAUAGUGUUCCCGGUUAUCAAUCGCUGGAGCAGGAGGCAAUCAAGGUGGGGAUCGAGGUGGAGGGUAGAAGAGAUAAUCAAAGACCGGGGGAUCAAGAGGUUGAUGGUCCACGUCGUCGUCAACCACCGCUAAUGGGUGUUAAAGUUCAUUUUAGGCCGGUAGUUACCGAGAACGACUCCCCAAUUGUACCACAACCGAGGGGUAGAGUUGCAUUCGAUUGUAAACCAAAUUACAUCAAUAUCUUGCCUCAUUUCAACGGUAGAUCGAAUGAUGAGCCGUAUACACAUCUAGCGGAGUUUUCGGCUAUAUGUAGCACCAUUGGGGGUGGUCAUUUUUCACAAGAUGAGGUUCGGUUGCGUCUAUUUCAAUUCUCAUUGAAGGAUAAGGCCAAGUAA